CGAUACAACCAAAACAUUUGUGAGUAGCGCCUAGUGUUGAUAGAAACAAAACAUCUGUCAGUAAUGCAGAGGGUAAUUAUUUUAGAUUUUCAAACUAGGCGUGACUUUUUCAGAUUCAUAUCUUAAACUUAUGUUUCCAGUUUCACGCAAAACCCUGAUGAUGGCCUCCUUCAACUGGAAGCGUAAGGUGGGGGAAAGAGUUUCCAAGACGACAGUACAGAAGUUUGAACAGGACUCAGAGCAGGUGGAAGAUGAUGACACAGAGAAGGAGGGAGUUGAUUGGCUGCAUGCGAUCAAGCGACGGCGAGAGGUGCUGCUGGAGGAUUGUGCCGCUAAGAGCAAGAGACUAAAGGAUGAGGGCACUUUACUCGCUGAGCAGGGCAGGAACUGGGAGGCUUUGAAGAAGUGGGAUGAAGCGCUUCAGCUCACACCAGAUGACGCUGUGCUGUAUGAGAUGAAGUCACAGGUGUUAAUCAUCCUCCAAGAGGUGUUCCUGGCUGUGCAGUCUGCGGAGAUGUCAACCAAACUCCGACCCCUCUGGUGGGAGGCGUGGCAAACUUUGGGCCGCGCCCAGCUUAAUCUCGGCGAAAUGGAACUAGCUGUACGAUCUUUUCAAGUGGCGUUGCACCUUCAUCCAUCUGAGCGGCCCCUAUGGGAGGAGGACUUAGGCUGGGCCGUACAACUCCGCGAGCAGAAACAAGCUCUCCUGAAAAGAGAAAAACAGGCAGAUGAAGCCCAAAAGCUGGUUAUGGAAGCCCCCGAACUGAAAAACGAGUAUGAUUUUGAAAGCGAUGAAGUGAUUGAGGCCUGCACAGCCAUGGCGGAGAAACAGAAAAAAUAUGAGGACUUAAAGAAAACAGCGGUUGUAGUGGACACGCACGGGGUGGCGAAGGAAGUGGCUGUCGAGGAUGACAACAAACCCACUUCAUCCACAGCAAGCGUUUUGGUCAAGGCAAGAGGACUCUAAAAAGAGAGACAUUGUGUGUAUUUUGUUUAAAAUGUUAAGUAUUGACUGUUUGUUUUGAUUGGAUUCUCAUGUACAGUGUAUAAAAUAGUUAAUACUUGGA